UUGGCAUUUGUUAAAAGAACAAUAUUCACAAUUGUAGAAAUUAAAUCAACUAACAAACAUGGCUGAAGACUGUGGAGAAGUUCAGUUCUUUGGUGUUGGGGGAAGCCCAUAUGCAAGAAGGGUGCAAAUAGCAUUGAAACUGAAGGGAGUAAAAUACACUUACUUUGAAGAAGAUCUUAGAAACAAAAGUGAACUACUUCUCAAAUACAACCCUAUUUACAAGAAGGUGCCUGUGCUUGUCCACAAUGGAAAACCCUUAGCAGAGUCCCUUGUGAUUCUUGAAUACAUUGAUGAGACUUGGAACAAAAACCAUGCCAUUUUGCCUCAACAUCCUUAUGACAAAGCCAUGGCUCGAUUUUGGGCCAAGUUCAUUGAUGAAAAGUGCAUUCCUACAGUAGUGAAGGCUGCAUGGACUAUUCAAAAUGAAGAACGUGAGAAGGCCAUUCAAGAAGCAACUGAAGCCCUUCAAUUUAUUGAGAAUGAGCUGAAGCGUUAUAAUCACAAGUUCUUUGGUGGAGACACAAUUGGUCUUGUGGACAUUGCUGCUAGCUUCAUAGCUUAUUGGCUCCCUCUUCUUGAAGAAGCUGCGGACUUGACUUUGUUGACCGUUGACAAAUUCCCUAAUCUACAUAAGUGGAGUCAAGAAUUCACUAACCACCCUGUUGUGAAGGACAACUUACCUCCAAGAAAUGGGCUUUUGGGCUUUUACAAAGCCCGGUAUGCUGCGUUGAAGUAGAGUAAUGUCGUGACGUGAAUUAUACUCAUAAUAAAAAAUAUAAUAAGAGUAUAAGCUAAAAUGUUAUUUCGUUAUUAUAGGUUAUUAGGUUGCGAAAUUAGCCGCACUGUGAGCUCAACUGAAGACUACUUUUAUUUUAUUGUUAUAUAUGAGAAAAAAUUAUUAAUAUUGCUCAAGUGAGGGAAUGUAAUAUAGAGAAUAUUUACCUGGA